UGUGAGAGCCACUGCAAAUCCUCCUUCCCAUGGGGCCCAUCUUCUGAGCUGAGAGCAGGAGGGGCUGAGUGCCUGAUUCUCUGGUCUAGUCCAUGCAAGAGCUGAGCUGGGAUGGAGCAGGACUCACGUGCCACGUGGGAGUUCAAUGGCUCCUUCCAUCAGCCUUCAGCUUUCCUCAUGCUGGGCAUCCCAGGCCUGGAAGCCCUUCACCCCUGGAUCUCCAUCCCUUUCUGUGCUCUCUACCUCACUGCUCUCUUGGGGAACUGCAUGAUCCUGUUCAUCAUCAGGAGGACCCAAAGCCUCCACGAGCCAAUGUACUACUUCCUGUGCAUGCUGGCGGUCACCGACCUGGGCCUGGCGCUGUGCACCCUGCCCACCACGCUGGGGCUCUUCUGGUUCAACCUGCGCAGCAUCGGCUUCGACGCCUGCCUCGCCCAGAUGUACUUCAUCCACAUCCUGUCCUUCAUCGAGUCCUCCGUGCUCCUGGCCAUGGCCUUCGACCGCUUCAUUGCCAUCUCCCGCCCCCUGAGACACCCCUCCAUCCUGACCAAGGCCACUGUCACAAAGAUAGGCCUGGCCAUCGUGCUCAGGGGGAUGGUCUCCCUCCUUCCCAUUCCCUUCCUGCUCAAGAGACUGACCUACUGCGGGAAGACGGAGCUGUCCCACUCCUUCUGCUUCCACCCCGACAUCAUGAACCUGGCGUGUGCAGAUAUAAAGGUCAAUGUCUUCUAUGGCAUGAUCAUUCUCUUGUCCACGGUGGGGAUGGACUUCAUCUUCAUCGUUCUGUCCUACAUCCUCAUCAUCAAAACCGUCGUCAGCCUCGCAACCAAGGAGGAGUGUCUCAAGGCCCUGAACACGUGUGUGUCCCACAUCUGUGCUGUCCUGGUGUUCUUCAUCCCCAUGAUCGGCCUCUCCAUGAUCCACCGCUUUGGGAGGAACGUUCCCCCUCUGGUGAACACUUUGGUGGCCUACACCUACCUCCUCAUCCCCCCCGCCCUGAACCCUGUCAUCUACAGCAUCAAAUCCAGCCACAUCCGCGAGGCUCUGCUCAGGGCCCUGCGCAGGACCAGUGGGGUUGACUGGUAGCUUCCCCCACCAGCUCUGCCACAGAGUGCUGCUGGACUGGUUUCUCAGUCAGGGACAGCAGACUGAUUUCUUGGUCAGAGCUGGUUCACUGCUUUCUUGGUCAUAGCUGCUGGACUGGCAUCUUGGUCAGAGCUGCUGGACUGGUCUCUUGGUCAGAGCUGCUGGACUGGUCUCUUGGUCAGAGCUGCUGGACUGGUCUCUUGGUCAGAGUUGCUGGACUGGUGCCUUGGUCAGAGCUGCUGGACUGGUCUCUUGGUCAGAGCUGCUGGACUG